AUGGGCGUCCCAAACGAUCUUGCGCAACUGCAGAGGCCUUUGCGUUUCCUGCAGGCGCAGUCUCAAAAAAAGCAGGAUGAAGUUGCGAGGAAGAAGCGUGAACUUGCUGAAGCUGAAGAAGAGGCGAAAGGCCUCAAGACCGACUACCUAAAAGCCAUCAUUUACUAUGCUCGGGCCGACUGCCUUCAGCUGGCAAACAUGAUGUAUGAGAAGCUUCCUGUCGAAGUACGUGAGAUGGUGUACGAAUAUCUCUGUGUAGACGCCGACCGUCCCAUUCCAGUUGGCCCCUACUAUCAUUUCCGUGUAUACAACAAGCCUUACGUCUAUCCUCCGGAAGCCGAGACGGACUGCGACUCGGAACCCGACAUGCUUGAAAAACUUUCCGUCCCAGGGUCAGCAUCCGGUGCACCCGGCGACAGCGCACCAAUAGCACGCAAGCCACCAGUCAACUGGGGUGAUGAACUGCAAGUAGACCCAGAGCUCAUUAAGCGCAUCUCCCGCUUGUAUGUCGACGAAGACCAAGAAGAGGCGACACUGGGUAGCAACUACACCAUCCUCCCAGAUGGCCGAGUCAAAGAGAAGCACACCCACAAGCCCCCUAGCGACAUGGUGCUUCCUAGCAGUCAUUUUCUGGACUACAGAUACGUUGGCCCAUUAGUGUCGUAUGAGACGCAGAAGAUGUACUACACGCGGAACACCUUCUCUGUAUGCAGCGUUGAGAAUGCUCUUUUCAAUUUUCUGGCCCGGAAUACUUGCUAUGACAGCAGGAAGAAACGGGAGCGCGAUCUUGGUCCGAUUCACUCUACGACACUUGGUGAUGUGCCGCCGUUCUUUGCAGCAGAUCAUAUACGUCGUCUGCAAAUCCGGGUCAAGUUUGAGCAUUUCCUCAAGGAUCUUCCGGGGAGGCAAUGUUUCUUCGAUCGAUACGCAUACGAGCAGCGCUUCCUGCGCAUGACAUGGGGUUAUCUAGAGGGACUCACGCACUACCUGGAGCGUCGCCCCAGGGAUAAGAUAGAGAUUGAGUUUAUCAUCAUGAGCGAGCUGUCAAACAUGGAUAGCGUCAGGGGGCUGGAUGACUGGAAUAAUGCAGUGGUAGAACGCGACCGUUGCUAUAUAAACUUUUUACAGUGCAUCCGGAACAUGGUGUACAAGGUCAUGUACGACCAAGAAGACACUGUGGUCAAAGUCACGCGUUACGAUGCAAGACAUUGGGUGUUCCCGAGUGACAUUACCGGCGUGUUUGGGCUGACGAAAGAACAGUGGGAAUAUGUAAGUGCAGGCUUGUCUUUCGAGUUAGGUACAUGUGUAGUACAUACAGGCAUGGGCAUGGACAUAGACAUAGACAUGACCGAGGCUGUUGGGGGUGUUGAGAUUCAAGCUAAUGUUACUUUUAGGAGAAAAGCAAGCAGGUCGGCCAGCAAGACUGGGUAG